GCGCUUCGCUUAGGACCGGAAGUGCUAGUUUUAGAACGUUCGUCGGUCGCAACAGCGACAUUGGUCCCGUGGGUUCCCCAAAUUGUUUUUUAGCAUUGCAUGCUAUAUCAAGUCGAACUUCAGCCAUCCAUAGUGGAAUCACCAUCAUGCUGCUGGUUCUAAAGACCACGCUGUUCUUAUAUAUGUUAGGACUCGACACAAGCAUACAUCAGAAAAUCCUGGCAAAUGGCAUGCAUGUGCCCUACCAGCGGGGCAUGAGUCUUGGUAGAAUAUACGACCUGCGCACAUUCUCUCUCGGGCUUGACAUCUUCACGGAUGGGGCUAAGCCACAGACAGUAGAGUCACAUCAGAACACAAUUCGCUACUCCGUCAUACAGAAGAGUGCGGAUGUCAGGAACGUUCUCGAUGUCAGCCGGUACAUUUCUCUCAAUGUCAAGGCCGGAAUUUUGACCCUGGACGGGAUAUGGUCAUAUUUGAGAGAGGACAGAUCUCAAGUAAACACACUGGACAUUCUGGUUGCAGUACAUGUGGAAACAUUAACUACAAUCCUGACUGAGAAGGAGAAGAAGCCUGGCUUGAAUGAAAACCAAAUGGGAACCCAUUACAUUAGCAGUCUGACAUAUGGAGGAGACAUGAUUGUCAGGAUCAGGAUUGUGGGAUCUGACUCUCGUCACUUUGAGGAAAUCAAAGCAACAGUUGAUGCUCGUCUCAGUGAAUGGGGAAUAGUUGACAUGGCCACUAGAAACAAUUUUAAAAGACUUGAGGAAGAUUUGAAAUCUAACUCAAGAAUUGAAAUGGCAUAUUAUUCAAACGAAAUAAAUAUGAAAAAGCCAACAAACGUAAGCGGCAUGCUUGAUGCACUGGACAACUUCAAGGGUGAAGUGAUGAAGUUGAAUGGCGGAAAAGGUGUACCUGUCAUGUGUGAGCUGGUCGCACUUAGUGUCCUGGAUCCCCAACUGCCGCAAGUGCUGAAGGACAAGAGCCUGGACGUCCAGCUGUCUCGCCUGGAGUAUCAGUAUGAUGACGUCCUUCAGGCUCGGAUGAGACUACACAGACUGGUUGAUGGGAUAAAUUAUACUAGUUUGAAUAAUCAACAAGAACAAAAAUUGCUCCAACUACAAGACCGCAUCGAUGGUGUAAUUACAGUUUUCAAUGACGUCAUAUCAAAAUUUGAUGUAACAAAAAGCGAAGGUUCAUCUCAGACAAAACAGUCCUUUGACAUGUAUGAGGAAAACAGAAGGCUAGGGAACUUCAUGCAGGAGGUUGUUGCAUUAGAGCAACAACUUAGUCUCCAGAAUGGAACUAGUACUGCAUUUAAGGAUCUUCCACAAGGAAGCAGAUUAGAUCUCGUCUUGAUCGGGAAGAAAGGACAUGGCAAAAGUGCAACUGCGAAUUCCAUUUUGGGACAAGACUUAUUUCUUUCAAAAAUGUCAUCGAAUCUGGUAACAACUAAAUGCCAAAAAGAAUGUGGAGUAGUUGGGGGGCGAGAGAUAUGUCUGAUCGAUACACCUGGCAUCAUGGAUACCUCCGUCAAUGAGGACACACUGGAAGAAACGCUGCAGGAAAUUGCAUCUGCCAUUCCAAAGAGCUCUGAUGGAGUACAUGCAUUUCUCUUAGUGUUGAGCAUACAGGCGCGCAUGACACCUGAAGAAUAUAUGACUAUACACAUGCUGAAGAAGCUGUUUGGUGAACAUGUUCUGAUGAGUCACACAAUAGUUGUGUUCACACAUGCUGACAGCUUUUACAGAAACCACGGGAAGAGCGGUCUGAAGAUCGAUGAUUACAUCAAUGAACAAAAUGGCAGUUUGGUAAAGCUUUUAAGUGAAUGUAACAAGAGAUAUGUUCUUUUUGACAACACGGAAUCUGAUAAAGGCAAAUUACGCAACGAAGUUGCAGAACUUACAGUCAUCAUCGAUCAGCUAAACAUAGGUCAGAAGUAUACAAAUGAUCUUUUAGAAACGGCGGCACAAAUACGGGAAGAAGAGAAAGCUAAAGACAAAAUGAGAAUUGAGAAGGACACAGAAGAAGAAAUAGAAAGAAUCGUCGCCGAAAGACUAGCACAAAAAGCAAAGGAAGAAGCCUAUAGCUGCUUUCCUGGUGGUGCUACAUUGAUACUUGAAGAUGGUCAGACAAUAAAAAUGAAGAAUGUUCGUGUUGGUGAUAGGGUCCUGUCCUUAACUGACAAUGGGAAAAUUGAUUAUUCUGAGGUGUACUUGAUUAUCCAUUCCGAUGAGUAUAGAAUGAACAACUACAUCAACAUCUCGACUACAAAGCAUCACAUACAAUCGUCACAUGAUCAUCACGUCUACUUGGUGUCUGGUGGAACAAAACACACAGUGCCUGCAGCUCAGGUUAAGUUAGCAGAUCGUGUGCUCAUCUACAACCACGAGAAGACACUUUUUGAGGAGGAGGUUGUGACAGGGUUGUCCACGUCAACAGAGAUCGGUGCGUUCGCUCCUUUUACCAUGUCUGGAACCAUAGUCGUCAACGGUGUGCUGGCCUCCUGCUAUGUGGACUGUGUCCCUCCCCGCUGGGCGCAUCCUCUACUGUGGCCAGUCAGACAGCUCUACAGCUUGUCGUCUCAGUAUCAGCCUGGCUCCACACCCCUGGCAAAGACGGCGUCCCCAUCUGGGUCAACUGGUACAUGGACAAUGUCAUCCCUCAACUCCACAACGAGGAACAAAUCAGCACGAUCGAGUUUUAGACUAAAGUACACACAUACGUUUGAUGAGAGUAUAUAUUUUGCCUCUUAAUCUCAGUUUGACAUAACACACUAGUGCCAUGAAUAUUCAUUAUGUAUUUCACUGACCAUACUUAACAUUAGCAUGCACUAUGCAGGUACAGCAUUUGAUUCAUCAUAAGAGUGACAACAAUCUAUUCAAUCGCAUUGAUGUGCAAGUCUCCUUGGGGUAGAAUAUAUCUUAAAUAGUUCUUGUUCAUCGGAUUUAAGCUGAACAGCUUCACAUUUAUGAAUCUUGUAAAUAAAGUAUUCUGAUUAUUUAA